AUGGAUGGUGUUCUUUUGGUCAAUGAAAUUUUAGAUUGGGCGAGGAGGAAGAAAAGAAGUUGUCUCCUUCUCAAGGAGGACUUUGAAAAGGCGUAUGAUUCCGUAUCUUGGCAAUACCUUAGAGAAACUUUGUUGAGGAUGGGUUUUGGCUCUAGGUGGAUGAAGUGGAUGGAUGCUUGUAUUUUUAACAAUCAUAUUUCCGUGUUGGUUAAUGGAAGCGCUACUAAAGAGUUUAAGGUGCAAAGAGGAUUAAGACAAGGAGAUCCUUUGUCUCCAUUUCUCUUUGUCCUUGCCAUGGAAGGAUUGACCGCUUUAGUGAAGAAGUCGGUAGAGGUGGGGAACUUCAAACCUUUUAUGUACGGGGAGACCGAUAGUGUGGACAUUCUACAAUUUGCGGAUGACACUAUUAUUCUCGGUGAAGCGUCUUGUGAUAAUAUUUAG